AGGAAAAUUCUUUAUUUUGCUCGCGCUUUCUCUCUCCUUUCUUAUUGUUCAUGUCCCCUCUCUCUCUUUGAGCAUCGAUCUUUCUCUCUCUUGGAGGCACAGCAGCAAGAGGACAUGUCUGGAGGCAUUGCGCGCGGCCGUCUCGCUGAGGAGCGGAAGGCCUGGCGAAAGAAUCACCCCCAUGGUUUCGUGGCAAAACCAGAGACGCUGCCCGAUGGCUCUGUUAAUUUGAUGGUUUGGCAAUGCACCAUUCCUGGCAAGCAAGCGACCGACUGGGAAGGUGGCUACUUCCCUAUCACACUUCACUUCAGUGAAGACUACCCAAGCAAACCUCCAAAGUGCAAGUUUCCUCCUGGCUUCUUUCAUCCCAAUGUGUACCCUUCUGGAACUGUGUGUCUCUCCAUUCUCAACGAGGACAGUGGGUGGAGGCCAGCCAUCACUGUGAAGCAAAUUCUUGUUGGGAUUCAGGAUUUAUUGGACCAGCCAAACCCAGCUGAUCCUGCCCAAACAGAUGGAUAUCAUCUUUUCAUCCAGGAACCGGCAGAGUACAAGAGAAGAGUGCGACAGCAGGCGAAGCAAUACCCUCCUCUUCUAUAGUGGUGGUAGCAGAACCAUCUGCUAAUUUUAGAUUCUGCAAAUUCUUUGCUCUCUAUAUAAGUGGAAACCAUCUCUUUUAAGUGUAGUACUGAUUGGUUCUAGGCUCUCUCAGAAUACAAGUCAUAUUGGAUCUCUCCUUGGUAUUUGGUGUGCUUCAUCUUUAUUCACACUACUCUUUAUUAAAUGUAUGUAUCUCCCAAACUUACUGUGAACUUGUCACCGAGGUAUGCCUCUGUUCAUGUGUGUGUUGCACGGCCCCUAAACAUUUUGCUGGAUGUGGAAAGGACAUCUUUCACAGUUCUGUUUGUUCAUCAAAGUUCAACAUCCAGCUAGCUGUCUUUCAUAGUCUAUAGCAAAUGAGGUUGCCAGA